GAUGUUAAUUGUGGCCAAUAAAUCUUUAUAUGUACGUAAGUAGAUAUAGUUAUGCCACCUACUUCCUUCUUCCUUUGAGGCAUCCAUGGACAGGCACAAUUGACCACCCAUUUGGAGGUCAACCACGCCAUUCAAACUGUCAUAUGAACCGCUCCUCCCUUGCUCGCCUCGCCACAAUCACCACCGCAGCCCCCCACGAGAUGGAGAUGACGACCACGACCACCGCCGCGACCGCCUUCGCCACGGCACUGAUCGCCGCGGCGACGCUCUCGGGCCCCGCCUCCGCGCAACCGGGUUGCACCUCCGUGAUCAUGAGCCUGUCCCCGUGCAUGAGCUUCAUAAGGGAACGAGGCGUUGGACCACCUGCGGCGCCCACCGCCGCGUGCUGCACGCAGCUGGGCAGCGCGGUGCGGUCCCAGCCGACGUGCCUGUGCGCGGUGCUCAACGGCGAUGCGACGUCGUUCGGGCUCGCCGUCAACAAGACCCAGGCCUUGGCACUGCCCGGCGCCUGCAAAGUGAACACCCCGCCGCUUAGCCAGUGCAAAGGUGCAGCAGCAGGUGUCAGCGGCGCACCGGCGGCCUCACCUGCUGCACUACCGGCCGCGGCGAUCCCAUCGACGCCGUUGGUUCCCGCCAGCCCAGCGUCGGAGAUCCCGUCGACGACGCCACGGUCAAGCGCAGAUUCAGGCAGCAGAUCGAGCCGGUCUCUGAUAGUUCUGCUCUUCUUCCUCUCAAGUACGUCGGCAUGGAAUCAAUGAUGGAGAUCAGCAUGGGUGGAGUAGAAGGCUUCGUCUGUGAGUGAUUUCUGGCACUGCUCAUGCUCGUAUCUUCCGACAAAUAUCAGCUAAAGUAGGCUCGUUUCAUGUAUUGCUUGUUAGCUUGAGAAGACAGUAAAUUCUGUUGUUGUGCGUCGUAGAAUAAUGUAAGUCUCUCGAUGAAGAGAAUUAAAGAGA